AUGGAUACUAAUUCAAAAAACAAGGAGCCUUCUGAAAUCAAAGAGUCUGCAAUUAAUAACGCUGAAAAUGCUGCUUUCAUUUUGGGAACUGGAAAGCUUGUGAUUCCUCAGAAGCAUGCAGCAGGAAUGACUCCUGAUCUUUGCACACCAGAUACUUUUAAAUCAUCUUUGAACUUUUCCACAGCAACCGUAGAACAAUUGGGAAUUACACCUGAAAGCUCUGUUAAGAACUCUUCAGGUAAGAAAAAGAAUUUCAUUACAAAAAAGUCUCGUCGACGUUCUUCAAUUGGCACCCGGGGCUCUCCUGAAACAAACCAUCUGAUUCGUUUCAUUGCUCAGCAGAGGAUUUUAAAGAAUGCUAAGAGAACAUCUUUGGCACAGGAUUCUUCCUUUCAGGGCAGCCCUGGACUGUAUCAAAAUGUUAGCUCAUUAAGAGAGCGGAUAUCUGCUUUCCAGACAGUUUUUCACUCCAUAAAGGAAGAUGGGAAAAUGAUUGAUUGUCCAGAAUUCUCAGGAGUGAGAGGAGGAUUUGAGACAACAGGUUUGACCAACAUGGAAGGUCUUGGUGAAUGUCAGCAGUCUGGGUUCUCUGAAAAGUUACCAUGCAAACGUCGGAGAAUAUCCUUGCAGAGCAGCUCUGAUGACAACCUCAGCAAUGUCGAAAGGGGAGUGAUGGAUCUUCAGAUCCUUAGUAUGGAUGUGGAUGGCMUGUGUGCUGAUGAAGCUUCUGUAGAUCUUCCUGAGGUUCCUGAUUAUGUAGAGGGCACAGAAUCAAGUGAUGCUGUUUUAAUUGACAUACUGACAGCAGGGGCAAGCUCAGACACAGUCCCUGAGGCCAAGUCAUCAGCUGCCACUGUGUGCAAGAGGGACAUUCCAUCCACUGACUCCUUUGUACUUCGUUCUGUAUUGAAGAAACCUUCUGGCAACCUUUUUGCAGAGAACUUACAGGAGCACCAUGACAACCACUGUGAUGAUUUGAUUGAUCCAGGCUUAAUCUCAAAUCUUUCCAACUGUUGCGAAGAACAAAAAGCAGAAGAUCAAGAAAGUCUUAAAACACCGGCCUUUUUAAAUGUGAGGAAGAGGAAGAGAGUUACUUUUGGAGAGGAUCUAAGCCCAGAAGUGUUUGAUGAGUCUUUGCCAGCAAACACUCCAUUGCGUAAAGGAGGAACACCUGUCCGACCAAAGAAUUUGAGUAGUGUUAGUCCUCUGCUACUUGAGCAAUCACCAGUUCCUGAGCAAUUUCCUCAACCAAAUUUUGAGGACAAGGGGGAGAAUCUUGAAAACAUAGAACCACUUCAGGUAUCAUUUGGAGUUCUGAAUCCUUCCGUUUCUGAGAAUCUCUCAGGCACUGAUACCUUUAGUUCUUCAAAUAACCAUGAGAAAGUAUCCUCCCGUAAAAUUGGUAGACUAACACGGACUUCUGGCAGAAGAAGUCAAUUGAUCAGUUUUGCAGAGGAGAACGUUUGCAACUUACAUAAUGCAGAAACUAAGUCAUGUAAGGAAAAGAAAAUUAAUAGGAGGAAGUCUCAAGAAACGAAGUACAGAAACAGGGCACUUCCUAAAAAGAAUCGGGUUUCACAAAGUUGCACAAAGAAAAAAGGGAAGUGGGUGAAAAGAGUUCAGAAGUCUUUAUAUGGGGAAAGAGAAAUGGCUUCCAAAAAGCCCCUCCUAAGUCCUAUUGCUGAGCUGCCUGAGGUCUGCGAGAUGACACCUUUGGUUCCAGGCGUCCGGAGGAUGUGUUCAGGUAUCCUGCUUUAUCCUCUUAGUUCUGAUGCCCAGCUUUUUGUUGACUGGAAACAGAAGCCAUCCACAACCAGCUCCCUGGUGGGCACAGAGGACACAGCGAAUGAAUCAAUGCUGUUUGAGAGGCUGAGGGUUAUGCCGCCGCCCGUGAUGUGCCUGCAGGGGGCGCUGCGACGGUCUUUCUGUUUCCACAGCAUGUGA